AUUUCAAACACUGCUUAACCGCGUUCAUUUAAGAUUUGUAAACAAAUGUUCGGUCAUCCUGUAUGGACAUGGAAAAUAUGUGCUCUGCAGUAAAAUACUUUUCAAGACUUUCAGGUGCAGGAUACAAGUACGUGGCAACAGAAUUUGACAAGAAACUUGAAGAACUAUCAGAAAAAGAGACUGGUCUGAGUGAUGUUGAAAUUACUAUCCUCCUCCGUGUUUUAACAAGAGCCACACUUUCUAUAAAGCGUUUCCAGAAACUUCUGCAUUGUGUUGUGCCAGAGACAACUGUGCAGAAAGAACACAUACAAACUGUUGUCGUCUGGAUGCUUGUGAAACACGUGUCUGAACCACCUAAAAAGAGUGUUGCUGUCCUCCAGUGGCUCAUUGCUUUGCUGGAGAAUGAGCUCGCAGACAGACAAACGAUUGACAGCUUUUAUAACCAAAUUUAUUUUCUAACAUUUAUUGAAAGUCUGGCACGGUGGGCUUCUAAAAUUAUAUAUCUGUUGACUACACCAGAUGACAUUACAAGAGUGAGGGUUGUAAGAUUAUUGAGCAGCCGGCUCAAACAGCCACGAGCACAUCACAUCGAAGCAUUACUUGGCUUAUUUAAGUCUUUUCGUCCAGAACUUAUACCAGAACGUGUUUCAACUGUAAAUAUACAUACAGCCUUUGGAAGAAUACCUGCUACGCUGUCAGAGGCUGUAAAUAAGCGUAUUAGUAUACACAGAGCAGGUGUUGCAGACCCAAGGAAAGGAGUUAAUCAUCAAACAAUUGCAGAACAUGUCACACUGGAUGAUGACAGUUCUGACAGUGAAUCCAGUUAUCCUAUACAAAAGGUUAAGAGGAAGAGGAAAAGUGACACUCUUAUUCCACCACCAGUGUACAUCUCUGUAGGAUCAAAAAGCUAUAGCAACAGGGGAGAGUUAACAGUGGACUAUUUCAGAUCGUUCGAGCCUUUGGCACGUUUUGAGCUGUCAGUGGAGACACCUAAUGUGACAGUAUCAUUGCUUCGGAGUGAACUGGGCAGACAUAUGCUAACGUUUCACCAGAAUACUCUCCUUUUUUGCUUCAGUUAUCAACUCCACAACAUACUUGAUGAAGUGUUUCUGAAGUGUCGAAGAACUUACCCGCUCCAGGAGAAACGACUACUGCUGAAAAACAUGGCAGCUCUUCAGGAUUACGCACAUCAACCACUAUCUGUUGUGUCCUUAUUUGUGAAGGAGUACCUUUUCUUAUGGGAAAGUGGACUAUUUGUGAAACAGGUUCUAAAGCUGAUGUACUGGCUGCAGUUCAGUUCCCACACAGAAUUGCAGCAGGAUUAUCUGUCACCCCUCUAUAAUUUGUUUAUGUCAUCAUCAGUGAAAGUAAAGUGUGCAAUCAUCAGGACUUUAGCACAGCUUUUCUCAAACUUGAUGCUUGCUCGGCAUUACAGAGACCAUUGUGACUUGUUUUUACAUGUAACUCCUGAAUGGAAUCCUGAAAGAACUUACAUGUGCAUUCUGAAGUUUGCGUCAUACAUGUUUGGCCAAGGGUUUUCUCAAGCAGAGUCCACAGCGAUUUUACUGCCUGAAGUCCUCAUGUUCUAUGAGAAGGUGCUGACUGCCAUAGAAGUAACACACACCCAAAUGUGUGUCUUACCACCACUUGGUCUACUUUUAGGAGCACUCUCAAGCUAUGAUGGCACAGUUCUGUCAAGAGUUUGUCAGCUGCUCACAAGAUGCAACAGUGCUGUCACAGAAAAAUCUUCACCAGAGAUGAAGGAAUAUUUUGAGGAAGUGUCACAAACACUGAAACAAUAUAAUGCUGAAAUGCACCAUACACUCAAAGGAGGUAUUUUUCCAUCAGGUGGUGGGAUCUUCAGCAAAUGGAUAAAAAGGGCAAAUUUUAAAACGUUCUCAGUGAAACCAAUCAUUCUGGAAGUUAGACAGCAUCCAGCAAUAACUUCUGUUAUGUGGCCUAUUCUGAACCAGCAGUCUGCAGAACCUCAGGCCCUGAAGGCCCAGCGGCACAGACUAGGCGCCUUGUCAUCCACAGCCCUUAGGUGUCGCUGGAUGCAGAUACACAAGGGCAUGUGGUCAGCACACUGCUCUCCUGCCCGAUGUCAUUUUUGUGACAGGUGCCACUGCUUCUCAGUCAGGACGAUUUGUCUACAUUACGGAAUCACCUGCCUUAUGUAUACAAUUACUUAAUGAAGCCAUAGGAAAAGUUUGUCUUCAUACAAGCUGCUUUUAUUGAAGAGUCACAUCUGUGUGGAGCCCAGAAUGUGCUUGUGACUGACAUGCAUUUGUGCAUGCAACUUCUGUAAUAUUGCUGUACACUACAUUAGUGUGUUUGUGUAAGACAAUCAUGUGAAAAAGACAUGUUGCAAUGAUGAAUUAUGCUUUGGAAAAUAUCAUCUUGGGACUAUAUAUGAUAGUGGUUUUACAUAAAUAUGUAAUAGUUGACAAAGUUAAGAACAUCAAUUUAAUCUAAAAUUAUAACUGCAAAAAUGACCAAUAUGGUUACUUUACUUCAAGUAAUAUUUAUUCAUGUGCAUAUGAGGCUAUGAAACUUGGCUUGUCCCAUCUUAUACUCUUGUGAUAAUGUUGUGUUCUAUAUUAGUGUGGUAUAGGAUUCAUUUUUGUAGACAAUCAUGUGAAAAAAGGUCUAUUAACUACAUGGAAAUAUUACUUUAAUUACCUGACUGUUUUGCAACUGUCAUUUGGAUUCCAUGUGGAUAGAGCUUUUACAUAAAAUACUCAAUAGUUGACAAUGUUAAGCUCAUGAUUUUAAAUUAAAAUUUUUAUCUACAAAGGAAAAUUUAUUCAUGUACAUACGAGAUGAACUAAGUAAGGUUGUCGUGUCCUGUUUUAUACUUGCUUCAUAAUCAGCUAUUUCAUUUACCUAAAAUGUGUCGUUUCUUAUUUUUGCUACAAAUUUAAUAAUUUUAUAGGCAUUGUGAAGUGAAAAUAUUUUACAAAGCACUUGCAAAUUAAUGUUGUCAAUGUAAAAUAGCUUGUUGGAUUUAUAACGUGUGAUCAGUAGAUGUUUAAAUAGAAAUCCUAGAAAAGUGAAUGACACUGCUGUACCGAAGGUUCGUAAUAAGACAAUCCAAUAAAAACUAUUGCAAUACUGUAAAAUUUAGUUAAGUAUGUUAUUAACAAGAUAUUACCUGAAACUAUAUUUUCUGUUGCAAGGUUUGUUACUCAGUUCAAUGAUUGACAUGGCAUUCUGUUUGUCCAAAGCAUAUGUUGUAUCUUUGAGAGCUUGUUACUGAUGAUAAAAUAGCUAUUAUGUAGCUGAAAGUUUCAAACAUCAUCAAGACCAUUUAAUAUUUGUGUGUGUGUGUGUGUGUGUGUGUGUGUGUGUGUGUGUGUGUGUGUUUUCCCAACAGCCCUAUGGAAAUAUAUUUUCUUACUUAUGACAGAUCAAUAAAGACUGUACAUUUUCCUAGUACUGUAGUUUUUCAUAGUAGUCAACAACAUGUGUAAAA